GAUAUCCAACCGGGAAAGAAAAGGAAAACCGACUGCCGACUGGUCUGGUUAGCUAUCUACCGGGGAGAGUCGGAUCAGCGUGUCAACUGGCCGCGCCAUGGCCUUCUCCGCUUUCUCAUGGUCGUUUCGCCGCCGGGGGAGCGGCAGCGGGGCUGGCGCCGGGGCAAGCAAGUCAUCCCCCGCGGCCGCGGAGGACGAGGAGCUUGGCGUGACCCCGCAGCUCCUGGACUUCCUCCGGACGCUCUCCCCCGACGCCUUCAAGGCCGCCGCCAUCCAGCUACAAGGGGGCUCUGCGGAGGCGGCCGCCGGCGACCUCACAAGCUGGCAGGAGCGGCAUGCCGUGCUCGUGCUAUCCAAAGCCAAGGAACUCGCCAAGAUUCGGUACGAUCUGUGCCCUCGUCACAUGAAGGAUAAGCAGUUCUGGAGGAUAUACUUCCUGCUUUCCAAGAGUUAUAUCUCACCGUACGAGCUAUGUGCCAUACAGAAAGAAAAGCUAAGGAGGAUGGAAAUGGAAAAUGGCAAGUCAAAAGAAGUGAUUACUGUUGAGGUGGAGAUGCAAGAAUCAAAAGGCAGUAGAGUCUCCCAACCAUCAGAAAUUGACUUAGAAUCCCAAGCUUAGCUUCACAUUUAUAGCUUCUAACAGGAUUUAGCCUAGGUAAUGCAAGUAGUAGUCCUUUUAUGAUUCCUUCACAGAUCAAUAGCUCAUAUGUCCAGUUGCAACGACUAGUGCGAGGUGCGCCAAACAAGUUCCACAAGUUCAUCAGAUGAUGCAUGGCCUGUUUUUGCAACUACUUUCGCUGUAUUGGAAGUCUGCUGUGUGCUUUUUGUACACUGAAACCAAGUAGUUCUUUUUGGCAUCAUGUGGCAUAUGCUCGUUGGCUGUGCUCUGAGCCACUGACAUGUAACCUCAUGGUAUCUUGAAUGUAAUUUUGUUGCGAAGAACAUAAAUAUUGUACCUCCCAUAUUAACUUGCUUGUGCAAAUGCGAUAUGUUUUCUGCA